UUUUUCUGAUUUGCGAUCAUAUGUCCGACGACAGUGCAUCGAAACGGUCAGACAACGCGGCGCGUUUUCGAAAAUAUCAAAUCAAAAUAAACAAGACCACUCUGUUCCAAAUAAAUACAAAACACCAUUAAUUUUACGAAGUGUUUUGAAAACCAAGUUUUAACAAAAAUUUGAAAAAAAAAUGAAUUUUAACUAAACCAAGACAACAAAAGUGGACUUAGGUUAUUUUUGUCAAAAAACCAAAAAAAGUGGAAAAAAUAGUGCAAAAAUAAAGGUCAAUUAAAACAAGGAAUAUUGAAAUCAAUUAACUUAUCUCAAAAAAUAAAAAUAAACCACAGUGCAAGAAAACCACUGUGUUUUUUUUUCGAAAAAAAUAAAUAAAUAAAAUGUUAGAAUUUUAUCCAAUGCCUACAAAUCUAAAUCAUGGUGCCUCCUUGUAUCCCCAUCACCACCACCAUCAUCAUCCUCCUCCACAUCAUGGUCAAAACCAUGGUGGUGGUGGAGCCAGAUUUCUGGAUAAUCCAAAUGCCCAAAACAUGAAUGCCAACAACAACAACAUAAAUCAGCAACAACAAAUGCUAGUCUCACCUAGUCUGGCUGCCUGCCCGCCAACACACAAUAAUCAUAACAGUAAUUCCUUAAACACCUGCUCGUCGACAGCUUCAUUAACAGCUCAAACAUCAGCCUGUCUGCCGGCCUCGAGUUCAGAAACUUCUCAGGCCACAGCAAUUAGUACAAUAAGCAACAACAACAACGGCAGUAACAACAACAACAAUGGCAGCAGUUGUAAUAACCUUAAACCAAAUUUAAACUCUCACAACAACAACAACACAACAUCGUCCUCCAACAGCUCCUGUUCCUCCGCCAUUUCCUCCUCCUCAUCCUGCCCCACAACAACAUUGGCCACAUCGUCUUCAAACUUAUCGGCGGCAACAAAUAAUUGCAACACCAGCAGCAGCAGUGGCAGCGCCAGCUCCUCCACAAGCUGUACAAAAUUAUCUACGGACUGUAAUGGACGCACAGAAGUUGAUCAAAUCAAAUGUGAAAAGAAUUUCGAAGUUUGCGAAGGAUGUGGCCUAAAGAUACACGACCGAUAUCUAAUGAAUGUGGGCGAUACAAAUUGGCAUGAGAGUUGCCUGUCCUGCUGUUACUGUGGUCUGCAGCUGCACCAGACCUGUUAUGUGCGCAAUGGCAAAAUGUACUGUAAAAUGGAUUAUGAUAGAUUAUUCGCCUUCAAAUGUGCUGCAUGUUGCCAUCCGAUUUUACCACAAGACAUGGUCAUGAGACCCCUGCCGAAUUUGAUUUUUCAUUUGUCGUGUUUCGUGUGCUUCGCCUGCCGCAUCCCCCUGCAAAAAGGUGAACAAUUUAUGCUGCGAGAUGGGCAAAUUUUAUGCUUUCGUCAUGAUUUGGAAAAGGAAAUGUUUUUGGCCGCGGCAGCCCAACAUUGUGGCUAUUUGGGUUUGGAUGAUGAUGACUUAAUGCGGCCACGAGAUGGUCGGAGGGGUCCCAAACGACCACGCACCAUCUUAACAUCGGCCCAGCGUAAACAGUUCAAGGCCUCGUUUGAACAAUCACCCAAACCAUGUCGUAAGGUGCGUGAAGCUUUGGCCAAGGAUACGGGUCUGUCGGUGCGAGUGGUGCAGGUGUGGUUUCAAAAUCAAAGAGCCAAAAUGAAGAAAAUCCAAAGGAAGGCUAAAAAUGGUAGCAAUCGUCAGACGGACGAUAAGGACAAGGAAGGCAAGGACAAGGAUGGCAUUAAGCAAGAAAUGGGUUCCGGUUCGGGUAGUGAAAAUGGCUACUUGGGCAUGGAUAACUCAUAUGCCACACAGCCCUUGAAUCCAAAUCUACCGUUUUCACCAGAUGAUUAUCCCGCCAACUCAAAUGACAGCUUUUGCAGUUCGGAUCUCUCCCUGGAUGGCAGUAAUUUUGAUCAUUUGGAUGAUGAUGCCGACUCCUUGUCACUUAACAAUUUGGAACUGCAAUCGACCAGCUCCUCGGGCCAUCAUCACAAUUCCAAUCCCCAAGAUAUUUUAGCCAAUUUGAAUAAUAACCUCAUAAAUCCAAUUGACAAAUUAUAUCUGAUGCAGAAUUCAUAUUUUCAAGGAGAUUCUUAAGUUUUUAAAUUUUUAAAUUUACAACAAAAAAAAAGAGAAAAACCAAAACAAAACCAAAAAUUGUACGAAUUUAUUAGCCAGUAAAAACAAAACAUGAAACAUAACAACAAAUACUUUAUGGAACGUAAUAAUAAAGCACAUGCCAACGGAAACGGAAGCGGAAACAAACGUAAGCAAAUAAAAAACCGGAAAACCAAAAUUUUGCAAAUGCUAGUUUUUAAAGUCCUCCCCCGACAAAAAGGAAGUAGUGGAACAAAACGCAAAAAAAAUGGUCUUGCCAUUUCUCUCCACACCACCCAUUAAAUGAAACAAAACGGAUAAAGAAAAUUGAAAAUGUGAUUAAAAUAAAC